AUGGAAGAAGUUGACUUGGAGUCAAUAGGCCACGGAAGAACCAGUUCGCGCUGCUGCUUCUGUAUCCCGGCGUCGUCGGCCUGGUGGGAGCGGAUGCGAGCGAACCAAAACAACGACCGCUGGUGGUCCCGAGGCCUCAAAGCCUUCUACAAGCUUCGAGAGUGGUCCGAAAUCGUCGCCGGCCCAAGGUGGAAGACUUUCAUUCGCCGAUUCAACCGGAACAAAAGCGGAGGCGGCGGCAGCUCCGGUGCUGGGCGGCACCACGGGAAAUUCCAAUACGACCCCUUGAGUUAUGCUCUGAACUUCGACGAAGGCAAGGAGGACGAAGACGACGAAGGCGGCGGAUUUCGCGAUUUCUCGACCCGGUUCGCCUCGCUUCCUCCGGUCAGGUCCGGGUUACCAGAAUCGAGUAAAGACGUGGCGGUGUACGGGUGA